AGUCUUUCUCAUUCUCUAGUCGUGGACAGGCAUUCAAUGUCUGUGGGUUUGUCUUCAAGAAAACAUACCUCAACCACACCAAGCUCUUCUUCGUUGCGCUGAGCUCCGUGUAUUAAAAGUCGGUGACUCAAAUUGUAUUAAUUUUGCUUGGCAGUGAGACCCAGUUUUGCUUCUCAACCAAAGUGUUUUGCUUGCUUUUUUCUUCCCUCCACUAAGACGAAGAAUUCAUCAAAUAUAGCGCCAAAUUAGGAGAAAGAUCAUCAAAUUUGAUCUCUGUAGGAGCGCAAAGAGGAGUACCAGUGCUAUAUACAAAAAUAUAUUUAAAGAAAAAAACUCCCCUCGUGAUGAUGCGUGCUCAUUAAGUUUCUGUGAUGGUGGUAGUGAAGGAAAGUGGCGUCAAUUUGGAUGUCUUUCCGCAUGGAUGUGAAAGAACUAUGAAAUGAUUGUGCAAAGGAUACUCAACUAUUUGCCAUGCUUAUCAUUUUUAUUGUUAAUUCUAUCACCAAAAUAUGAUGCUGUGGAUGCUGGUGGUGCCACCAAAUAUUGGCAAAAACGCGAAUUAGUUGAGUCCUUGGUGCGAGAAUGGGCGCCCCUGGUGUGGUUGGCGCCGGGUGAGAAAUUCCUCCCGAGUGCCGUAACGGAUUUCCUUCAUCACGUCCAUGCGGAAAAGUCGCGUGCCAAGGAGAAGAUUAAAGCUCCACCACCACCACCAACGCCGGAGCUUGAGCUGAGUGACAACAACAUCCGCCGGAAUGGCCAUGAUGCGUGGGAGAAGCGCAACAAGAGAACAUUCCGGGGGGAGAAUCUCCUUGUGGACUAUAUAAUUGAUAUGCCCGUUGGGGAGAAUUCUGAAAAUUGGUUUCUCGUCACUAAUGAUGAUAUUGAGGAUCUUCUGGACAAUGAUGUUUCCUUUAUUUAUGGACAAAUGCCAAAUCACGGAUCUGUUCCCAUUUAUGCUCUUGUUUCUCUCUGCCCUGAUCCCCCACCUGGUCAUUCUGAGUCUCCCACUAGUGCAUCAGGGACUGACAAUCUUGAUCUCUCCAUAAACGACAUUCCAAGCGGGAAGGUUGAGUUCAAGACAAAUCCCUACAUUCCCCUCCAGAAGCCACAACCCAUUGAGAAUCUCAACUAUUUCACAAGUCAAGAUGCUAUUCCGAGUUACAAAGUUCUCGAUAAUCACCUAGAUGGGCGUACAAAGGCCCAAAAGAGGCGCAAGAGGGAAGUGGCCGUUGUUAUGGCACAGAGUGUUCACGGCAACACUUCCACUUAUGGGGCUCCGGAAGUGAUGAAUGAAUUGGCCGAGGAAGCCCCAAAGGUGGAAAAUAUCUCGAAAGUGGUGGAGAAAGAUGAAGAAUGGAGUGUUCCGGUGAAUGUACCUCUUCAUACACCAUACAAAGAUCAUCGAGAUGUGGAUUAUUAUGCAAAUUAUGUGCAAAAUGAUGAUUUUCAGCAGCAGCAAAAAGUUAAUAUUCCAAAUGGAAAAAUUAAAGAUAAAGAGGUGACCUAUCCGCAUCUCUUUGUGACUUAUUGGAUGUUCUAUCCCUACAAUCAGGGCAAGACAAUUUGUUCAAUAAGUCUGGGACCUUUUGGACAUCUUCCCAUCCCUUUGUUCUUUGGCAUGUGCUUUGGAACGCGAAGAGACUUUGGUAGUCACGUAGGUGAUUGGGAGCAUAUGAGCCUCUACUUUCGUGGUCGUCGUGAACCAGAUGAAAUGUACGUUUCUGCCCAUGAUGCUGGUGCUUACUAUGAGUACGAUAGACUGACGGGGACAUUUGAGUUUAAGCGGCAGGAGACACGCGUUGGUAUCCUACAGAAGCCCGUUUUCCCACGCACUGUCGUCACAUCGGCAAAUCACCCCGUUCUCUUUGCCGCCAAGGGUUCCCACGGGCUGUGGACCGCACCGGGGAAGCACAGAUUCAUCCGUGUACCACGUCUGUACGAUGUGAAUGGCUUUGGGAUUCCAUGGUCGACGUGGGUGAACACCGAAAUACUCUACGAGGAUGAAAUUUCAGCUCGUUCUGCCUUCCAUCAACCACAUUGGAUUCAAUUCAAGGGACGCUGGGGCAAUCCCAAGAGUAAAUGCCAUCCCCUAAAGCGAAUUGGAUUGAAUUUCUGCGAAUACAGCGAUGGACCGAUGGGUAUUAGGAGAAAGCCACACUUCCACUGUACAAAUUAAGUAUGGUUGCGUGGAAAUUUCAAGUUAUUUAUUUAUUUUCCUUUUGUAAUUUCCUAAAAUGUUUUAUAAUUUAUUUGACCUCUAUUGAGGGAGAUUUUCAUGGAUCAAAAGAAAAAUUUGAAAGAUUUAUUGAGAAUUUUUUUUUGGAUUCUUUCCUGUUUUUCUUUUAAUCUAGAGGAAUCUCUGGAAAAUUUUAUUGGAUGAAAGUUUGAUUGUUUUGUAAAUAAAAGUAUAUUGUAUGAAUAAAUAGAUUUAUGUA